CCAGAUGAGCUGAAUGCUAGUUUCAAAAGUUCUUAUCACCAAAGAAGCAUGCUUGAAAAGCUCAUAAUACAUUCCCCCACUGCUCCUUUCUUGCCACAUGUUAACACCAAAGGGGACAUUUCUCAGAAAACCACACUGACACCUCCAUGCAACUUUAACACAAUGCGGAGGAAACAACAAAACCCAGAGUUCACCUUACCAGAAAUGAGCUCUUCAGCAGGACUUGACACAAAAAGCGAGCAAUGCAAGUUGACAGGAUGACAUGUAAGCUUGAUGCGCAGCACGAGAACAUACAAAUUCAGGAGCAGUGAUUUUGGCAGACAAUGUGUAUGAACAUAUCAGAAGAUGACCCAUACAAUUACGACUAUGAUUAUAAAACCGACUGCGAUCAGGAUCCCAGUCCAGAGUUGCCCGAUGGAGCCAUGGUUUUGCCGGUUCUUUACUACGUGCUGUUUUGUCUAAGUCUGCUAGGCAACACCACAGUUCUCUGGGUUCUCCUCCGGUGCAUGAAGCUAAAGACUAUGACGGACAUAUGCCUCCUCAACCUGGCCCUGUCUGACCUCAUACUGGCUGUAUCCCUGCCCCUCUGGGCCUACAAUUCCCAGAACCUUGCAUCAUGCAAACUGAUUACAGGAGUCUAUCAGCUGGGUUUCUACGGUGGGACUUUUUUUGUGACCCUAAUGAGCGUGGACCGCUACCUGGCCAUCGUCCACGCUGUUGCAGCCAUGCGAGCACGUUCACUUCGUUAUGGAAUCGCAGCCGGCAUCACUGUCUGGGUUAUAUCUGUCAUCAUGGCAAUCCCUCAGAUAACAUUUGCCUCCUUGGAGAUAAAUACAGAUGACAACAGCUCCCAGUGCCAGCCACUGUACCCAGACGACACACAGCAGUUUUGGAAGAUGCUGCGAAACUUCAGUGAGAACACAGUGGGCCUUUUUGUGUGCCUCCCAAUCAUGAUUUUCUGCUAUGUGAAAAUCCUUGUUGUGCUGUCCAAGUCCAGGAACUCCAAAAAGAACAGAGCUGUGAAGCUGAUAUUCACCAUAGUGUGUGUGUUUGUGGUGUGCUGGGUCCCCUACAAUGUCACAGUUUUCCUUCAGACACUGCAGCUGUUUGGAAUCCUGGACACCUGCGAGGCUUCAAAAACCAUCAAUUCUGCCAUGGGCUUCGCUGAGAUCAUUGCACUGUCUCACUGCUGUGUAAAUCCAGUCAUCUAUGCAUUUAUAGGGGAGAAGUUUAGGAAGUCACUGGGCAGAGUGCUGGCUAGAUACUUCUGCUGGAGUCACCAGAGCAGCACUUUCAGCCUUAGAGACACCACAGAGAAAGAGACUUCCAACACGCCUGUAAGAUCAGAUUAUUAAGAAUGAUGAACACACCUUGCUUCUGUAGUGGUGGUGGUGGGUGCAUGUGUGAUAUAAUGAUGCUUUUUUUUUAUUCAGGGACUAUAAAGGUGGCAAAGUGUGUGUGUGUCUGUGUGUGUGGUGUCGUGCAUGUGGCUGGAGCUUCUAAGUGCUGUAACAUGUUAGGGAAUGGUUUAUUUUGAAAGUGUAUAGAAUUUUAUGAAGCAUUUAUGCAAAUCAUGUCAUUCAAAGUAUAUUUGUAACUAUACUGUUUUUGUAAAAUAAAAUAAAGAAGAUAAAACUC